AUGGGCGCGUGCAACUCGUGCGAGGCGACGGCGGUGGCGGCGGUGACGGGGGACGCGGCGGUCGGCGAGGCGACGGCGGCGAGGGUGGUGCUCGCGGACGGAGCGCUGCAGCGGUUCCCCGGGGGCACCCGGGCGUCUCACGCACUCAAGGCCGCCGCCGCCGCCGCCGCCGGUGGCGCCGGAGGCGCGUGCUUCCUGUGCAGCGCCGACGGGAUCGAGCUCGGCGGCGCGGUGGCGGCAGUGGCGGCUGACGAGGAGCUGCAGCCUGGGCAGCUCUACUUCGUGCUCCCCGCGGCGAUGCGGCGCCGGCUGCUGCAGGCAGAGGAGAUGGCCACGCUCGCCAUCCGCGCCAGCGCCGCGCUGGCGGGCGACCACGACGGCCCGCUCGUGUUCCCGGAUUCGGCCGCCUGCACAGGCGGAGGUGCCGCGGCGAGGAAGGGGUCCCGACGGCGCUCGCGGAGGACCUCCAGCCUGGGCCGAGACUUCGUGCCGGACCUCGGCGCCAUUACCGAGUAG